UCUUUUCCCCUAUGAGGAUUUUGCGGAACUAUUUAAUUGGGACAAGCGAGGAUUUCCUCCAUGUGGGCUUCUUCAUUGUGGAAACAGCUGCUUUGCUAAUGUGGUUCUACAAUGUCUUGUGUACACUCGGCCCCUUGUUGCCUAUUUGUUGGAGAAAGGCCAUCGGAAAGAAUGCAGACGGAAUGAUUGGUGCUUCCUUUGUGAAUUUCAAACCCAUGUCGAAAGAUCCAGUGAAAGUCGGCAUCCCUUUUCACCAAUUAAUAUUCUCUCGCGGUUACCUAAUAUUGGCGGUGACCUUGGCUAUGGAAAACAAGAGGAUGCGCAUGAAUUCAUGA